CCCGAUUCUUGUUGUUGAAUCUCGAAAAGAACCAAAACUCGUGUACGAAAAAGAAUUCUUUGUUCUUGGCGUCACAUCAGAAAUUAUUGGAGACCGUCGGAGAAUUUCACACCUGGGGUCACAAAUCACUAAAGUGUUGCAACACAAAUACGAAAUGAGGAAUGGUGAUGAUAGGGGCGCUCUGACCGAUUGGGGUUGGAUCUCUCGUUGGUUCCAUUCUACGAUCGGGAUCAAUGCCCUGAAGUCRUGGCCUUCCGGGAUACUUGUUCGGUCUUUGAAAGACGACUAUCCUCUGUGGAUGGCAUCGGUAUGGGUUCUAUGGAAACAGCAAGCGCAAAAUCGCAGAGGAAUCUCUAUGGAUGGCUCCUUGYCGUCUGUSCGGACGAGGGCAGCCAAUGACAAGCUUGGAAGUAGUACCAUAAUAAAUCUUCUCGUCGACUGGGUCGUUUUGGGAUCCUUAUUGAUCUAUAAGAAGUCUCGCGAAGAAAGCAGUUGUCCUGGUGACGACGAGGACGAAAUACCGAAAAGAAAUGCUAGAUCAGAAGACGGCAAAAAUAUUUCUGAAAGGAACGAGGAAACCGAUCCGAUAAACGAGCUGCGAAUGCUGCUGAAGCAACACAGCACGAGUUCUUCUAAGCAACUUGUAAUGCCAAAGCCGGGAACGAGAACRAGAUCUACGAGCCUGUCGUCGAGCCAGGACGUAUAUCCACCGCCCGUUCAGCUUUCUUUCAAGCACCCACCAUCGGUGCAGCGAACGACUGUAUCGCUCGGGAUAACGCAAGGCGAAAAACACGGCAACCAGCAACGAUACGCCGAGUUGCUUGUGCACAACGUAUCGCACACAGAUCUCGUGCUGAGUUUGGACGCUCCCCGGCUGCCAUCGUCUACUACUGGUUUUGCGAUGGACGGGAACGAUCCCUAUUGUCUCUGCAGACCCCGCUUUUCCGCCUUUGAUGCAUAUUCACAACGGUUGGUUGACUUUUUGCAGGGAUGUCGGCAGAGAGAACUCGAAGAAGCUGUKAUUCACUUGCCUCGGUACGAACGGAACGACAAAACUCAGCAACCGCAGCCUUCRUCAGAGAAUUUCAGAGACGACAUCCCCAUAGGGUUUCGAUUGAACGAUGACCGAAACGACAAAUCGCACCGACCCCUCCGGGURUCCCCAUCCGAACUCCACAAUCUGCGCGUGCGUGGUCGUGACGCUUCGAGAGUCGACGCCUGUUCUUCUCCGAUGUCGCCCAAUAGCACACUGAACAUYAAUGCCGUCUUUUUCCCAUUGCUCGCAACUUUGAUGCCUCUGUGGGAGGACAGAAUCCACCAAAAAUACAAUUUUCCAUCUGCUACAACCCAAUCCGCUCUGAAACCAAAACAAGUUUUGAUUCUUGUUAGCGGCGUAGGCCAACCCCGGAAUUGGACGCAUUCCGCAAAGGGAAAUUCUACAGAACAAUGUGCAGAGCUCAUGAAGAUGUUUUUGAAGGUAAUCUUUCCCGAACUUGUCGUGUUGCACAUCCAUUCCGAUACGAAUAUCUUCCGCUACGACGAAAACAUCGCGUUCGUCAACCAGGAACUUCUUCCCCGGGUACAGGAAUAUAGAGAUGCGCAUGCCAAAGGAUURCCGUAYCCAGACGAAAUCAUAAAUCUUUCUUCAACUGCAAAAGAUAGCAUCGACCAAGAUCGGCCUUUCUCUACGGAAUGGAGAAAGUCAUUCUCYAUUACGAUCAGCUAUGCCGACGGGUCGCCCGCACGAAAUUCAGCUAUUCAAGCCGCUCUUCGAACCUUCAAACCUACGUAUUAUCAUUUCUGGCAGCUCAAAACCUUUUGGCACGAAUCGAAAAUCGUAAACAGCGAUGUCGAGGUGCACUCCUUUGAAGAAAUAGAAACUUUGCCCCCCGUGGAAAGCAAUCAGCUACAGGAUGGGUCACUUGUGAAGCGAGUUGUAGAAGAAAUGAAGAACUUCCGAGACGAUUUUCUCAAGAUACUUUCGAACUCAUCGGACGAUUCGAACGACAUCCGUGCCUUUUGGUUGCGCAAGAGUAAGUUCAAUCCAAGGUAAAAGAAGCACAGAACCUGCAAGUUCCAACAUGGAAGGGACGUGACCCAAUGCCAUUAYUUCUAACCCCACCUUUGCCUCAUUUUCUGACACCCGAAGCCCACAAACCUGUCAUAGCUAUACUUGCUGUACAGCCUCCCAAUGGAGAACUCAAACUCUAUCGGGGCACAAACAUGGAAGUCAGCAUGCCAACUGGAUCUCUUUGUGCCGAGCGGAACGUUAUUGGGACUGCCUUAGGUAAGAUAACGAACACGGAUUUCAGGUGGGCAAAUUUUGUUCAAAUCAACCUAACAAGUCUUAUUUUUACACCGAUCAGCGGAUAAUCCGUCUUUGAGACGCCAAGAUUUGAARAUGGUUGCGGUCUUGGCGGUUCCCAAUCCUAAACAACUCCAAGCCUCGACAAGCGUGGGUGGGCUUCCUCGGUCGCAGAGCCUGAACAGCGUUGCCAGUCUAGUAACAGCAACCGUAGAGGACGAAUCUAGCCUCGGAAGACCUUCGCGCAAGUCCAGUUUGGGGGGAGAAGACGAAUGGAUUGUUCAAGACCAUUCUAUCUUCGCUGGRCAGGACAAUGCACCCGUCUUUGUAGACAAGAAGACGUUGUCAUCUGGACAAUCAGAUCCCGAAGAUGUUCAGCCAAACGCAACAUUAGAUUCUUCGUCCCAGUCAUCGACCCCCGUGCGAAGAAUAUUUUUGUACAACAAACCACAAAAGCAAACAAGAAAACAAAGACGAGCCGUAGUUGUUCAUUCUGGUCACGUGAGUCGAAACAAGGUUGGCCCGUGGUGUGUUGGUGUCGUCUUUUCUAUGUCUCCUCAAACUCUUCUUUCUACACUUGACAGGAYAUAAAUCCGCUGCGCCCUUGUGGCGCAUGCAACGAAUGGCUGAAGAAGGUACGUGAAGACCGGGUGCAUGGAAUGAUUCUGAUAGACGUUUUGUGUUCCUAGGGAAGAACAAAGAACUUUUGCUGACAAUUAUUUUCUGAACGUUCAGCUCGCCGAAACCAACCCAUACUUCACGGUUGUUACGUUCACUGAUUCUGCAUGCAAUGGGGUAUAUUGCACCCCAUGCGAGGAGUGAUAAAUUAUCAAUUUCUAUUCCAAUCGAGAAUGUGAUGAGUUGCGCACUCUUUUCUUUGGGUACAUUUUUGAUUUUGCUUCCCCUUGAUUGUAGGUUCCGAAGCACGACCAUAGAAAACGUGUCGCUGACAAUCGUUUCUGGCGCCCUGAUCCUUGGCUUMGAUUCCGAGUCGUUGAAAAUUUAUUUUAAAAUAAAAUAGAUGCUAUGAA